AUGAAGGUAUUUUUCUUUACUAUCGCAAUGGCCAUUGCCAUGACAGGAGCAACCCCGGCACUUCGAGGAAACAAGGACGAUGAAGAUGCUGCUUUGAAAGGUAUCAGGAACCUCACUGCAAAGGAUUGGGUCGAGACCUUUGGCUGUAUUGGUGCGGCUCAUUACAUCAAAGACAUGGAGCCUGAUUACGCCAAUGAAGUCUUCCAUAAUUGCAAGAGGCCUGAUGAGAGGCGCUUGGUUGAAGCUAAAAGGUCAACCCCUCAUGCCAUUUUCACUCCUGAUGCCAACUUUAUGCGUCGGCUUAUCACAAGAAAGCUUGCGGAAAGGCUUGGAUUGAGGAACCUGACUGAAGCUGUUGCUGGGGACGCUAUCGUUGUCAUGGUGGACGGAAAGGAGCUUUUUGGUACCACCCCAGACACCGCUGAAACAGCCCUUGUCGAGACUCCGGAUGACGAAGUCGUGAAGCUUCAGGUAUCGGGUGGUGGCGAUACCUACACCCGUGAUGUGGACCGCACCAACAUGCAAGUUCAUCCCAAAACUGGAUACACCGUCUACACGGAGCUGUUCUUGAUUCACCACGACGCCUGGAACCAGGAGUUCGAAUUGGUCUGUCAUGAUACAGAUGAUCAUUGCAGCCUCUACUCUGUUGGUGAGUUCCAUCUCCCACCUCCUUGUGGCGCUGGCGUCGUCGAAUGUUAA